AUGCUAGAACAAUUGGACAGUUUGGUCCAAAAGUUAGCAAAGGGAAAAGACGAAAGUCCACAAAUUCAGAGGGAGACUGGGGGAGAAAGUUCUGCAAAGUUUGAAACCCCGGGGGGAAUAAAUCAAAUUCCGGAUGAUAUGAAAGAAAAGUGCUACAUCUGGGGGACGAGACUGAAGGAAGAUGCAAAGGGCAAUACUGACGAGUUUGAGGAGAUAUGCACUCUGAUUGGCCAAGGAGAAUACAUUUUGAUGAGAACGCACCUUGCAUCCCUCCAGGCAAAAAGUGAUAUAGAAUGUCAGAUUGUAUCUGCCGUCUGCCUCAUCCUAAACCAGAAAAAGGAAAAGAGGUUUCAGGCACAAAUAUACUGUCUCCCCCCCGAUAUUGUGAGCAUGGCACUUUCGGAUCACCCAAGGGGGGAAUUCAUAUCUCAGAAAACGAACAGAGAAUUCAUGGUGGAAGCCUACCCCAGUUUCAUUCCCUUCAUAGAUAGAAAAAAAUUAAGUUCGCAUCCAUAUAUUUUUGCUCCUGUUUGCCACUCGGGACAUUGGUGGUUAUGGCUAAUAAAUACAAGAACGCGGAAAUGUCAAAUACUUGACCCGCUACACAAAAAAGCUCCAAGCCCUGAGAGAAAGGACAUUAAUAAAUUCACUGGAUAUGUAUUUUCAAGAUUGAUAGCAUAUGCCGGCGGGAAACCUCUCGAGAAAGGCGAGAAGGAGAAGGAAAUUAAAGCACCAUAUGUUAAAAUUUCAGGCCAAAAAACAAGCUAUGACUGCGCUAUCUACGUAAUGAAGUGGCUUGAGUUAAUAGAGCCGGAAAACAUUAAAAAGGGGAAGUAUGAAUGGGAUAAUUGGACACAGGAGGAGGUGGACCACUAUAGAGUGGAGUAUGCUUCCCGGAUACUAUUCAGUGAGAUGAAUACACAGAGAGAUCAGGCAAUUAGAGAGAGUAGUGCUAUAAGGUUGUCGAAGCCAUUCUCUGUAUUAUUGAGUCCGUUUUGUCAGAUUAAUUCUGCUGAUAUAGAAACUGGGUAG